CCGAAACAAGUAGAAUGAAUUAAAAUAGCGCAUUUUGUUCUCAGCUGGUUGUUCUUCCGGGUAACAAAGGUCAACAGAGAAGAAGGCGCAAGGAGCUAAGAAAAUCUACAGAGAGCUACUCAAAAGCGUCAGAAAACAUGUCUCACACCAUACUCCUGGUACAGCCCACCAAGAGGCCGGAGGGGAGGACCUACGCUGAUUAUGAAUCCGUCAAUGAGUGUAUGGAGGGCGUAUGUAAGAUGUAUGAGGAGCAUUUAAAGAGAAUGAACCCCAACAGUCCGUCGAUAACAUACGAUAUCAGCCAGCUGUUUGACUUCAUUGAUGACCUGGCUGACCUGAGCUGUUUGGUGUAUCGUGCUGACACGCAGACGUACCAGCCGUACAACAAGGACUGGAUCAAAGAGAAGAUCUACGUGCUGCUGCGGCGUCAGGCUCAGCAGGCAGCGCAGUGAAGCUUCUGAGGAGGUGGAGGAUGGGAGUGGGGGUGGUGGGGGGAUCAGAAUUAUUUUUCCUGUCUAGAACUUGUUUUAAAAGUUUUAAGUAACUUGUUUUCAGAAGUUUUUGACUUUUUUUCUCAUCUCAUGUGGGGGGGAUGUAUUUUGUAUUUUAUUGUUGGACUUAAUAAAGUUUCCCUUUAAAUAGCAAAA